AUGCUUAUGCGCGGCCUCCUCCUCGUUACCUCCCUGGCUCUCACGCCAGGGAGCUUGGCCCAAUCCCCUUGCAGGACGUACACUGUUGCUGCCAAUGAUUGGUGCGAGAAGCUGCUCGCUUUCAACCCCGGACUCAAGUGCGAUGCAAUUUCCCCGGGGGACCGCCUAUGCGUUUCGGCCGGCCCCAUGCCGCCGCCUCCCAUGUUGCCAGCCAAUCCGGACGGAACCUGUCGUUUCAAGGAAGUUAAGGAAGGGGGUUGGUGCGAAAAGAUCGCGACUGAUUGCGGUACCAGCUUGGCGGCAUUCAUGCGUGCCAAUCCAGGACUCGAUUGCCAAGCGCUACAAGCCAAUCAACGCAUGUGCUGCGGUUUGGGCGUGAAGCCCUCUCGUGCACCCAAACAGAACCCCGACGGAACCUGCGCCCCUUACGAUGUACUCGCAGGCGAAUCCUGUUCCGGGAUCGCCGCAAAGUUCGAUUUGACACUCGCACAGCUCGAAGCCUACAAUCAAGCCACGUUUCGAUGGAUGGGGUGUGAUAAAAUCCAGGACGGCGCAAGAAUCUGCCUUUCCACAGGCACGCCUCCUGUCCCCGCCGUCGUCGAUGGAGUCGAGUGCGGCCCACAGUCGGCCGGCAACAAGAAAUGCCCUCUCAACGCCUGCUGCAGUUCCGGAGGCUACUGCGGAGUUACUGCGGACACUUGCGACGGUUCCAACGUGAAGCGCAAGGUCGGGUAUUACGCUGGAUGGGGAGCGGCACGCAAAUGCAGCCCGUUGGCGCCAGAACAACUGGAUAUGACGGGGUUUACUCAUAUGAUUUAUUCCUUUGCAGUCAUCAAAAACGGAGUUAUAGGUUUCGAGGACCCUGCUUUCGACGAACCGAUGGCUCGCCGUCUUGUGGCAAGGAAAGCUCAAUUUCCUCAGACACACAUCCUCAUCGCGGUCGGUGGAUGGGCGUUUUCGCAAGAUGAUCCCACGAAGUCACUUUUCUCGGAAAUGAUAAGCACGCGAGAGAAGCAAGACCGCUUCAUCGCGUCGGUCCGAGAGUUUCUCGACAAGUACAAGUUCGACGGAAUCGAUAUCGAUUUUGAGUACCCAGCUUCAAUCGAAAGGAACGGCCCGCCCACGGAGACUGCCAACCUCUCAGCUUUUAUGCAGAACAUGCGAUCCAAACUUCCUGAGUCGUAUGAGUGGUCCAGAAGAACGGCAGCUCCUCCCAAACUAACGCACGAUGUGUUGCCCGCAGUGUCGUUCAUCAACAUCAUGGCCUACGAUUUCCACGGCCCGUGGGAUGCCACUAGUGCCGGUGCCUGGGAUCCCGCUCAUUACAUGAAGGCUGCCUCCCAAACAAGCAUGAAAGAAAUCGAGGAGAGCCUCGCUCUCUACAUACGCGCUGGCAUCCCUACCGACAAGCUCAACCUGGGAGUGGCGUACUAUGGACGCAGCUUCAAGUUGGUCAAUCCGGGCUGCCAAGGCUACGGUUGCGCGAUGACUGGCGGUGGCAGGGCCGGAAAAUGUUCCGGUGAAACCGGAUAUCUUGCGCAGUUCGAAGUGGAGGAAAUGAUUCAGCAGUCGGGUGUCCGGCCUCAGCUGGAUGCUGCCACCGGAACCAAGUAUUUCACCGCCAACGGCGACCUCGUCACUUAUGAUGAUCCGGAAACGUGGGCGAUCAAGUUCGAAUUCGCCAAGAAAGCUUGUAUGGGGGGCAUCAUGAUUUGGGCCACCGAUCUGAAUACGAAUCCCGUCACCAUCGCCGCCGCCGCGAGAGCGCUUCCGGUGCUCUCAUCAGUCCCCAUCACUCCGCCAAACCCCACGACUCCUACGAUCCCAAUCGGGCAAAAGAACUACAUUUGCAAUGGAGACAAAAACAUUUGCCGGUUGCCCAUUCCUUGGAUCGCUUUCAGGGGCCAGCAUAAUGCCGGCAUGGGGACGGGGUCGGUGGGCAUAAGUGCCUUGUGGUCUUGCCAUAAGGCCACACAGCAAGGUUUCGUCGCACAGCUCAAUAACGGUGUCCGGUGGCUCAAUGUCGACUUGCUUCUCAACGGGAAUACGUUAACCAACGGUUACUACCUGCCGAGACCCGUCUUGAGCGUCUUUGAUGGGCCGUUCUUUGCGCAGCCAAUCGAGCAGAGUUUGAUUGAGGUGUUCAAGUGGCUCAAGGUGCAGGCUCUCGGAACCUUUGUGGUGUUUCAGGCGGACGAUCUGAAUGCGGAUGCCUCCGUGGCCGGCAACGGCGCCCACUACUUUGGUCUCGUCAAUUUGCUGGACGUUGCCAUCGACAAUGCAUGUGCAGCAACAAACACAUGCGCCAUGAUCCUGAAGAACGACGACAAAACAGGCAUAGCGGACAUUCUCCGGGUUCCUCUCGAGACCCAUCAAUGGAGGCUACAAAAACGUCGUUACCGCCCUCAGCUCGUCGACGUCACCAACUCGGCGGGUAACAGAGUGAGAGCGACGGCAAACCUCUAUGAACACAAUUGGGAAGAUGGUCCGAUGAAAGGCGAUGUCCCCACAAUCUUAUCGUGGCAGCGCCAGGCCAACAAGUAUCGCGCCCCCUUCGAAUUGAACGCCUUCGACGGAGACGCAAGAGGCAAAUGGGAGACGGGAAAGGAUUUCGAUGAUGACACGUUGAACAGAGAGGCCGAUAUAUUCCUCGGUUACUUUAUGGAACGCCUGGACAAAGGGCAACCCUUCUCGCAUUUGCUAACGGACUAUGAUGAGUGGCACCAGUCAGGCGCAAACACAUUCAUCCGAAAGAUGAACCAGUACAAUCUUGCCCUGUACGAUUAUUGGAUGACGCCACCACGACGAUUCUUGAACGAUCAGUACGGAUUUUGGGUCUUUUGGGAAAAGGAUGCUACUCAGGUUCACCGACGUGACGAAUCAAUCCUCGUGAACCGCACACUUGCCGACGUUUCGGGAGCCAAGCCCUCCAAUGGCUCACCCCGUCCCAACCCGAUCUCCGCUAUCGGCAAUGCUAGCCUUGCUACCAGCAGCGGCGAGGUCCUACAAGAUUCGUCUUUCUACAUUCGUCAGAUCCACGACACCAUCACGCGUUACGUCAAGGCCGGAAUCCCGAUGCCUCUCUACAAGAUCGUUCAUCCAAAGGACGCCGGUUUGCCAGACGGCGCAUUCACGCCCUUCCCGAUCACGCCCGAGCUCCUCCUUCCCGGCCUCAAGAUCCGCUACAAGAAUCCGGCCAAUGCGACCGUUCACAACCUCCACACCUCCAAGCGUUCGGAAAGUGUUUGGUUGCGACUCCGCCGGCAAAUCCUCAAGAAGAGUUCUCGGUUCGCAGCCGUGUCCCGGGCCAUCGAGACCCGCAAAGGAAAUUCCACCGUGCCGAAGCCGUCGCAAUUCGUCAACGCUCUCCUCAAGGACGACACCAAUGCGGACUGA